AAAAAUCAGUCCGUCGCUGAGACUGUGAGUUCGUUCUUAAAAACCUUUUCUGGAUAUGAUAAACUAUUUCAUAUAAAACAAUGAUAAGCGUCAUGGAAGCAUCUGCAGAAAUUUUUAGAAUUAUGGACACAGAUAAAACUGAUAUUUUAGAGAUGUCAGUACCUGGAGGUAAUUUAUCUGGAUCACAAUCAGAAUUGCAGGAUAUCGCAUCCGCUAUUGAAAAUAUUUUGCCAAGAACCACAUUAACUCAACCGAAAGAUGAAAUAAAAAAGAAACCAUCAGAAGAUACACCGGCUUUUCCACCAAAAAGCAUUACCAUACCGACAAGUUGCCCUACCACUUCUAUCCUAAACCUUCCUCCACCAACUGCUUUUAUAUCUCUCAAAGCUAGUUCAGAAAUAUGCGAAAUGGAUUCCAUGCCGACAAGACCAUUUGUCAUUACUGAAGCUCAUGAAGAAAUACAAACCGCUAUUGAGUCAACAAUCAAUUCGACACCAAGUUCUACAUUAGAUCCCAAUAUAUGCGAUUUUGAUUCAGACACGGAACUUUCUGUAGUGGCCGCAGCAUCUCUAGUUACAGCAUCAGUCGCCGCCGAUUCAAGAUCGUCUCCAUCUCUCCAAUCUACAUCAUCGCACCUCAAUUCCACUUCCUCUUUGUCAACAAUUGCAGUGCAUCAGAUCGGAUGCGGACCUGGAGUUAUAACUGUUAACUCGAAUGGUCAUAACAUUAGUAACGCAUCUAAUAGCACCCAUUUGUGUCUUAAUACAAAACAACAACGGCAGCAAAAGCGUCGACGAGAGCGAGCUCAACGUUUACAAGCGGAACGCGAUGGACGAUCUAACUCCAAUUCAUUAAUUUCAACGCAUAUUACCGGGACUGCAGGAGUCAAUAAUAGCGUUGCUGGAACAUUAAAUGUAACUCACAGUCAGGGAAAUUUGCCGUUACCUAGUUGUGCAUCAUCAUCAUUACCUAUUGGGAAUGGACCAGCGAAUGGCUUGAUAUAUCAUAUCAAUAGCGCUGGAAGUAUGGGAGAAGACAGUAACAAUUCAAACGGAAACUUUACAAGCAGCAGUAAUGGCAGCAACAUUCUUUUACCACCAACAGACAGUAUUGCUUCAUUACUUUUAAAUCCCCCAAAUUCGCCUGAAUGUAAUUCUGGCUUAAUGGCUACGCCUAGUGAUAGUGAAGGCGAAUCAUUAGACGAAGACCUUUUAUCAACAUCAUCUUCGUCGACUUUAUUGUUGCCCCGUGACAAACCGGCACCACGGCCUCCACCUCCAGUAAGAAGAAAAUUGCCACGCUCACCAGUUCUUGAGGAGGAGAUUAUUGAUGGAUUUGCCAUUUUGGAAUUCAAAACUUAUGAAGAUCUUGAGUUUGCUAUUAAAUUGGGACAGAAGCGAAAGGAAAAGCGGCUUUCCGCACUUGAAGAGCUCACAUGCACGUAUAGCAUAGAAGAAAUGAAAGUUCCAAAAAUUCUUGAUACUGGCCAACCGCAUCCAUUACGUGUCACAACCAUUUCUACAUUAGCAGUUGUUGCAAACAACAGUUCAAAGGAAAAUAUACAAGCAUUCACGCGAAAUAAUUCAGACGUUAGUGCUGACAAUAUUAGUAACAAAAUAAUUAACACCAAUGGUCCCGUUUCUAAUAAUAAUAGUGACACCACUACUAACGUGGUUUAUAUGUUACCAUCUGUAAGCACAGAUGUUGAGACACAUGCGGAACCUGUAGCGUUUUGGCGAUCUGAAUAUGAACGGCAAAGUAACAAAACGAUUGCCAAUUGUACUAAAAACAAAAUUAACAGCAACAUUGAGAAUCAUACUAUAAAUAAACAAUUAAUUCAGUCCGACCAAUCCUCUAAGCCUUCUAUUGAUGAAAGUGGGAUAAUUAUUGAAAAUUCUAAAGCUAGCUUUGUCGAGAAAGACAAAGAUUUGCCACUUGUUGAUGUCAACAGACCAAUAAUAACUAUCGGAUCUCCUGCAAUAAAUCGAAAUCAUUUGAAUAUUCCGUUUAAUGGACCUCAUAUUCGAGGAAUUGACGUUAAUACAACUCAUAAUUCCAAUGACAUAAUACCCAUAAAUGACAAACUAACUAAUGGUCAAAAGUCCCUUUCUUCAAUAGGAAUUAUAAAUAGUUUUAUGUCAAGUGAUCCUACUGAACCAUUAAAGUACGCGAAAAGCGGACAUCAGCUCAUAUGUAAACAGGCAACUUCAUCAUCACAAUCUCUUAAUAAAUCACAUAUAUUGGAAACUAAUAAGAGACUCAAAAAAGAUGAAACCUGCACAUUGGAAGUCCAGGAGUUAGAAAAAGAAUUAACGCCAGUCGUUGGUGUUAAUAAAGUUGCAAAAAAAGAAAACAUAACUGACCUUUUCAUCAAUAGCACGCGUGGAGAAUCCUUGUUUAAUCAAAGAUACAAUGCUGUUUUCCUUAUCUGUCGGUAUUUUCUUCAUUUUUGAGCAAAUUUAAAUGAAAAUUUGUAAUCAAUAAAGGAAACAAACGUUGACGUGUCGCUCUCUGAGUUCUGACGAUGAAAGGACUCUAAAAAAAUUGGUUCAGUUUAUGGAGAUGAUGUUGCAUAUUCGGGAGUACCUAUUUCAACAAUUUUAAGCGGGCAGAAUUUAAAAACUGAAAGUUCUACUGUUCAAACACAAGUAAAAGCUGUUAUUUCAAAUGUAUCAGCUUCUAUGACAUCUGUUAUUGCACCUGAUUCAGAACUACAGAAACAAAAAAAAUUAAAUAUAUCUCCAUGUGAUACACGUCACCAUUUAGGAAUACGCGUAACUUCUCCAGAGUCAGGAAAAGGAACCACCGUUGGAGUAUCUGUUGAAAAU